AUGGAAUCAUAUAAUCGUGACUGGAUUUUAUGCAAGAAAAAUGACCCCAAGUAUAGAACUGGUGUGAAGAAGUUCUUAGAGUUUGCUUUUACACAAGGAAAAGGAAACCAAGUUGUGCCAUGUUCUUGUGUGAAAUGCAACAAUGAGAGGAGGAAAACCAGGUCGGAAAUAGAAUUAGAUCUGCUAAAGUUUGGGAUUGUUAAGAGUUACACACGUUGGGUACGACAUGGUGAAAGCUUUGAAUGCCAAGUUGAUGCAAAUGCUUUAGAUGACUCGCAUCAAAAUAUAGAGCAUAAUUAUAUGAGUGACAUGUUGUAUGAAGCAUUUAGAAUGGCGACACAAGAAGUAGAUGCUGAGGUUGGAGAAGCUGUGGAUGCAAAGGCUAAUGUUGGUAUUCGAGGAGAUCCAAGGGAAGAAGCCAAAACAUUUUAUAAAUUAAUGGAAGACCUUGAGUUGCCGUUAUAUCCAGGCUGUAAAAACUUUUCAAAGUUGUCCUUUCUGCUUAAGUUAUUUCACAUAAAGUGCUUAGAGGGGAUAACAGAUAAAAGUCUUUCUAUGAUUCUUGAUCUUUUCAAGGAAGCAUUGCCGGAGAAUAACACUUUGCCAGAAUCCUUCUACGAAGCUCAAAAGACGGUGAAGAAGUUGUCUCUUAACUCCAUCAAGAUUGAUGCUUGUCCCAAUAAUUGCAUGCUAUUUUGGAAAGAGCAUGCUAAUGCGGAUGAAUGUAUAAAGUGUCAUGCAUCAAGAUGGAAAAAAAAGGAACAAGGGAAUGGAAAUCCCACUACAGAACCUAAUCCCAAAAAGCUUCCAUGUCAGACAAUGAGGUAUUUCCCUUUAAUACCCAGGCUUCAGAGAAUGUUUAUGUCAUCUAAAACUGUCGCUAGUAUGAGAUGGCAUUCAGAUGAACGUCAGAGUGACGAUGGGGUAAUGACACAUCCAGCCGAUUCAAAAGCUUGGAAAUCAUUUGACGAUAAAUAUCAAUCUUUUGCCUCUGAAACACGAAAUGUUCGCCUUGGUUUAGCAAGUGACGGCUUCAGUCCCUUCAGGAAUGGAUAUAUUCCCCAUAGCACAUGGCCAGUGGUUCUAAUACCAUAUAAUUUGCCACCAUGGCUUUGCAUGAAACAACAUUCUCUGAUUUUGUCCACGCUCAUUCCAGGCCCUAAGGGACUUAAGAAGAAUAUUGAUGUGUAUCUCCAACCUCUAAUUGAGGAACUUAAGUUACUUUGGAAUGUUGGUGUGUAG